GGUAACAACUUCCGCCGGGAGUACAUAGCCACGCAGGGUCCUCUCCCUGGCACCAAGGACGACUUCUGGAGGAUGGUGUGGGAGCACAACGUCUUCAACGUUGUCAUGGUGACGCAGUGUGUGGAGAAAGGGCGGGUGAAGUGUGACCACUACUGGCCGUUUGACCGGGAGCCUCUGUACUACGGAGAUCUGAUCGUCCACAUGCUGUCUGAGUCCGUCCUGCCAGAGUGGACCAUCCGAGAGUUCAAGAUCAGCUCUGAGGGCUCAGCCAGCUUCCCCCGGGUGGUGCGUCACUUCCACUACACCGUGUGGCCGGACCACGGCGUCCCAGAGACCACCCAGUCCCUCGUUCAGUUCGUCCGCACGGUCAGAGACUACGUGGACCGCUCCCCCAGCUCAGGGGCCACGGUGGUGCACUGCAGUGCUGGGGUGGGUCGUACCGGCACCUUUGUGGUUCUGGACCGCGUGCUGCAGCAGCUGGACGGCAGGGGGACAGUGGACAUAUACGGCUCAGUGUUUGACCUGCGACUGCACCGCUCUCACAUGGUCCAGACAGAGUGCCAGUACCUGUACCUCCACCAGUGUGUGAGGGACGUUCUGCGGGCCAGGAAGCUCCGUAGCGAGCAGGAGAACCCUCUCUACCCCAUCUACGAGAACUUCAACCCUGACUACUACCGUGAUUUCAUCUAUACUGGACGCUAGAGAGACAUCAUGCCACAGUGGGGGACGAAGAUUGAUCUAACAACGUUAGUGUGGCAAGUUUUGUUGGCUGGCAUUGUUACAGCUUGCCCUUCAACUAGCAUUGUUUGUGAGCAAUGUAAGAAGCCCCGUAACCAGCAAGAUCCAGGACAAGGACAGAGCCGUUUGUUAUUUUUGUUCCCACUGCAGCUUCUCUCGAUGUCCAUUUCAAUAGGACAAGCCACAGUAUGAUUGUUAAUAUUGAUGUUGUGUUAAAUCGUCCUUCGCCAAAUUGCGAGUCUUUAUUUUGAAUAGUUUGCUUUUUUACGUCAUAUAAAUACACCUCUCAGAAAUCUCUCUCGACUAAGAUGUUCUACUCUCCUUGACGCUGUAUGAGAGGGAGAUAAAUGUGCUUUGGAAAUUCACAAUGAAUAAGAGAUUCAUCAGGGAGAUGAAGCCUUUUAGUGAAGCCUUAAUUGAUGCUCCCAGAGGAGAGGGAACUAUGAGCCAUCAGCAGACCCUUGUUUUUCUCAUAGACACCGGCCCAGUGGGAGGCUGAGGGCUGUGUGGAUGUAGAGACAAACAGGUAGACCAACUCUAUUGACAUGCAUUCAGACAGCCAUACUGGAAAGCGCCAGGCCUUCACAAUGGUGCCAGCCUCCUGCAGGCUGCAUCGGCGACACAGAUGGAGUCUCUGUCUGAUUCAGAUGCUGAACACGUAGAAACAGGAGCUUCCAAAACACAACACUUGUCACGUACAGAUGAGAUUUUCAUCACCACUUGUUUCCCUGUCGGAGAAGCUGUCUGUCCAUGUUGUUUUGAUUAAGUAUUCCUGGAUUAGGUCACAACACAGUACUACUAGAAUGCACUGUAAAUAGGUCAGUUGAAGAAUUAGUAAGCAUUUAGUACUACAGACUCCUGAAUGUCCCAGUUCAGGCAAUAUCAACUCCUGUCCAAAAUAGACAGGGUUAGAAUAAUAUAAUUUGCCACCUGGAUCACAACCAAAGAAUGAACUUCUCUCUUGCAAUUGCUCUCUCUCUCUCUCUCUCUCUCUCUCUCUCUCUCUCUCUCUCUCUCUCUCUCUCUCUCUCUCUCUCUCUCUCUCUCUCUCUUUCUCUCUCUGUCUCUCUCUCUCGCUCUUGCUCUCUGCCAAAUAAAGUUAUUCCUCAGACCAUUCUACAGAGAUUUGCAGCACUGAGAAAGAGAAGGUUUCAGAGUUCAAGGCUUGACAUUUCUGUACCUGAGCUCCUCAGUUCUGCACAGGCCAGUGAGUGUGGGCAGACCGCCACAGGGGGGGCACUUAGAUCAGCCUGCCAGGCAUGAUCCUAUUAAGAGUCUCUAUCUGGACCUGUGUGUCUGUACGUAGCUACAUUUAAAAUAUCAGUCUCACAAAGUCACUUCUCUUGCCUUCGUUUGAAACUCCCAGAACUGUUCGUCCCCUCAUUGUUUCCAGAGAAGAUGAGCUGUAACAAAGUCUUAUUUCUCCCGACAAAUGAUUGAGUUUCAUGGGCAUCGAUUUCUGCUGAGCCCCAGUAAACUGGACGACUGAUCUAGACUGUCAGACGUAGUAAUUGAUUCACCAGCAUAUUAAAACACAGUGCAGGGCCCAUUAAAUGAUACUCUGUAGGGUGGAGUGGAUCAAUCCUACUCUGCCUGCCCUUUACCCCUCACAAAACACACCCACCUGCACACACCUUCACACAACCACUUAGAAAGCACACACACACACACACACACACUCCUGUCUUACUGUCACAUCCCCACUACCUCACUAUCAGCCCAUUAAAAAGA